AUGUCUGCCAGGGGAUUUGAGGAUGAUAUUCCUGUGACAAACUUGGAUGAACCCGAUGAGGAGGAGUUUAGAAUAGAUGAUGAGGAUGAUGUACACUCUCAGCCCUUGGAUCCAGAAAAUCUUAGUGACAUUGAAAUUAGACCUUCAUUAUUCAAAAGGAUGGGAUCAAAAUUGAAAGAGCUAUUUCAUUUUUCCGGAAAUUCAAGGCGACCUUUCGAAUACUUGGAUAAUAUUGAACUGUUUGAUCACAAUCAUUCAAUUUCAUCAUCUUCCUUUGAAGAUUUGGGAAGUGUUUCGACUGACCAAAUUACAGUUUCAAAGAAAAAACCCUUGCUACGGAAACACUUAUUUGGUCUUUUAAUUGCAUUGUUUUUAGGAUUUCUUUUAGGUUCGGCAGCGUUGGCAUCAAAACAAAAGCUCGGUAAACAACAAGGUACCAAGAUUUCAAAGAAACCGUUGCUGAACAAUUCAACAGCAGAUUUCUACCCAACUACUUUGAUUAUAUCGCUUGACGGAUUUCAUCCCCAUUAUAUUUCAAAGGAAUUAACACCAUUUAUGCAUCAGCUAUUUAUAGAGUAUGAUAGCUGCGCUCCGCCAUAUAUGAUUCCCACGAAUCCGACCGUUACAUUCACUAAUCAUUACACCUUAGUUACAGGCUUGAAACCAAUCUAUCACGGUAUUAUAGCCAACAAAUUUUAUGAUCCAACUGCAGAUGAGAGGUUUGUAAAUACAAACAAUUCAGUUGCACUCGACCCCAAAUGGUGGGGAGGUGAACCUGUUUGGUCAACUGCCGAAAAGCAAGGGGUCUCUGCUGCUGUUCAUAUGUGGCCAGGUUCUGAGGUGAAAUUUCCAAAUGGAUUAAAUCCAAUGUAUGUUGAUAAAUUUAACAAGACCGAAUACCUAUCGAAGAAGCGAGAUCGCAUAUUUCAAUGGCUAGAUCUGCCGAUUGAGAAAAGACCGGAACUAAUAAUGUCAUAUGUUCCAAACAUAGAUACUAUAGGGCAUAAAUAUGGUAUAGCCGGCGAGCAUCUUAAGAGGGAACUUAGGAAGGUUGACAAAUACAUAAAAAGCAUUUAUGAGGGGAUCUCAAGCCGUAAGCUUGAAGAUAUUGUUAAUGUUAUUAUUGUGUCAGAUCAUGGCAUGGCACCAACGUCAAACAGCAGACUUAUAUAUCUUGAUGAUCUUGUCGGUGAAAAGUUCAUGCCUAAGAUCCAGUAUACAGAUGCUUGGCCAUUGUAUGGCAUUCGACCUUAUAAUGAUUCUGACAUUGUUCCAAUGAUGAAGGAAAUGAGGAAAAAUUAUCGCAAGGACACAAACAAAAAUCAUUACAACAUUUAUCUAAAAGAUGAGAUCUUAGACACAAUGUUUGGAGGGUCGGAUAGUAGAUACAUUUCGCGGGUUGCACCUUUAUGGGUCAUACCUAAGGUUGGUUACUCAGUGGUAACGCAUGAAGAAAUGAAAAGGAAGAAAGAUAUGUAUACACCAAUGGGAGUCCAUGGAUUUAACAAUUCUGAAGUGUUAAUGAGAAGUUUAUUCCUUGGUACAGGCCCAUUCUUUGAAAGCAGGUUGCACAAGAAAAAUACUAAAUUACAACCAUUUUCAAACAUCGAGGUUUAUAACAUCAUUUGCGACUCUUUAAAUUUGAAUCCAGCACCAAAUAACGGUACUUUUAUUGAAGGAAUGUCCAUCAUACAGCAGAACAAUACGUUGGAUGAGAAAUGGAAGGAUUCCCGUCAGUAUCCUGAUGUUUCUUUUGCCACAGAAGUGUUAGACGUGGAAUCAACAUAUGAUAUUUUAUGGUCCAACUCCACCAUGGAAUAUGAGGAUGUUGAUUAUAAUAAUGACAGUGACGAGAAUAAUGAGGAAGAAGAUAAGGAGGAAGAAGAUCAGGAUGGGAAUGAACAUCAUGAAGAAGAUAAUGAUAAUGAUAAUGAUGAUGAUGAUGAUGAUGAUGAUGAUGAGAAUGAAGAUGACAAACACAAGCAGGAAGACAAUGGAAACGAAAGUGACAGCCUCUCAAAGGAAAAAGGAAAAUCUCAUAAAACAGAAGGUAAAAAAGGCGCUAGUGGUUCAAGCUUAUGGGAUAAACUCGGAGAUUUUGUUGAUGAUGUAGUGGAAGAGGUGGAAGAAAAAAUCGAUGAUUUCAAAGAGUCCGUAAAUAAGGGGCAAAAUGACUGA